GCGUGAGUUUGUUACAGUGGGCAUCGGUCUCUCUCUCUCUCUCCCCUUCACUAACACUGGAUUACAGCUCAUCUAACCGAGUUUUGUCGGCAGGGAGGAGUCGCGUGGCGCCCACUAACCCACACAUGGACGUUUCGACUUAAUAAACACCCUUUCCCAGUCAUUUAGGACUAAUAAGAACGAAAGGACGGAGGAAUGGGAAUGACGGAGCCGAAGACAAACGCUCGGCACUAAUCUCGGCCAAUGACUGACAUCAAACGGGGAGAUCCAUCUUAAAACUGGCUGGCGUUGAAAGUACCCCGAGGAUUAAGUCUUGGAUCUAGGAAAGGAUCCAGCUUUGAAUGCAUGUUCAUCUCAGGGUGUAUCGUGUGGAUGCGCUUAGUUUUAAUGUCUCUAAACAAUAGGCAGUUUGGAGAGAGGAAGUAGGAGCUUGUAAAUCACACUUCCCUUGUGUAUUUCUGCCAGCCGGUAGGAAUAACGUUAGGGAAGCUCAAAUCUUGUUUCAUACCGUUCGAAUCCUUUAAACGAUCAGCUCUGUUGGUGUAUUCACAUCGUUUUACUUCACCACCUUUCGGUUUCACUCUGGGGACUGCUGGAGCUUCAAAACAGCCGCGUUUAGCUUCAUAUCACUAUGGAUAUAUGACGACAGAUGUUAUUUUCCUGUGAAGAGCAGCGUUUUAUAUCAUUUACAGUCUAAUGACAUUGUUUAGAGCCUAGUUGUGAACUUCCUGCUUUAGUUUCUGUCGGCUCGGAGUGUUAUUGUCAUAAAGAUAAUGGCAGCCGUCGUGAAUUACUCUCCUCCGUGGUGGGUUAACCUGCUGCACAGACUGCCUCACUUCAAUCUCCAAUUUGAGCAAACCAGCAGUGAUUUUCGCCCAGAGGAGUCGUCAUACCAGCAGUCGCUCCUGCUUCUCGGCGGUGUUGCUCUGGCAUGCUUGGCUCUGGACCUUCUCUUCCUCCUCAUCUACUCCUGCUGGCUGUGCUGCCGCCGGAAGAAGAGCGAUGAGCAGCCAAACGCAGACUGUUGCUGCACUGCCUGGUGCGUCAUCAUCGCCACCCUCGUCUGCAGUGCUGGCAUUGCUGUUGGUUUCUAUGGGAAUGGCGAGACCUGUGACGGCGUCAGUCGGCUUACCUACUCUCUCCGGCAUGCCAACCGCACCGUGUCAGGAGUUCACAGACUGGUGUCAGAAAGUACUUCAGCUCAGAGCCAAACUGUGGAUGAAAACCUGCGGAUACUAAAGGAGCAGUAUGCAAAACACACAGACUAUUUGUCCAUCAUACAGAAACUGCAGGAUCAGCGGAGCGAGCUGGUUCGUCAGAUGGCCGACAUCCCCUUUUGGAGCAACCUCGGCGUCUCCCUGGAGGAUCUGGCAACCCAGAUUGAGCUGUAUGACUGGUACAGAUGGCUGGGAUAUUUGGGUCUGCUGCUGUUUGAUGUGCUUAUUUGCCUACUGGUGCUUUUCGGCCUCAUCCGCAACUCUAAAGGCACUCUGAUUGGGGUGUGUAUUCUGGGUGUUUUGGCGCUGGUGAUCAGCUGGAGUUCACUGGGUCUGGAAUUGACGGUCUCCUCGGGCUUCAGUGACUUCUGCGCAGCUCCUGACAUGUAUAUCACGAAGGUGUCAGAGGAAUACACGAUUAUCAAGAAAGAUAUCCUGCCGUAUUACCUCACAUGUGAUUUGGGUCAAGCCAACCCCUUCCAACAGAAGCUAUCAGGAAGUCACAAAGCACUGGUGGAAAUGCAGGACGACGUGUCUGAACUACUGCGUUCUGCAGUCAGAGAAUACCCCAAAACAAAGGGUAACCUUGAGCAAAUUCAAAGAGGCUUAAACACCACUGAAGCUGGACUACAUCAGCUCACUGCCCUAGUGGAUUGCCGCAGUUUGCACAUGGAUUAUGUGCAGGCACUGACUGGCGUGUGUUACGACGGACUGGAGGGUCUGAUCUACUUGGUGCUCUUCUCCUUCAUCACAGCUCUCAUGUUCACCUCGGUCAUCUGCAGUGUGCCGCACACAUGGCACGGCAAAAGGCCUGAAGAGGACAGUGAGGAGGAGUCGGUGGCUCCUGGAGGCCGUCAGAAUCAUGAUAACCUGUACCGUGUGCACAUGCCCAGUCUGUACAGCUGUGGCAGCAGUUACGGCAGUGAGACCAGCAUCCCUGCAGGAGCUCACACUGUCAGCAAUGCUCCUGUCACUGAGUACAUGACCCAGAAUGCAAAUUUCCAGAACCCUCGCUGUGAAAACACUCCUCUGAUCGGCAGAGAAUCUCCUCCACCAUCUUACACAUCCAGCAUGAGAGCCAAAUACCUGGCCAACACCCGACCUGACCCCAACAGCAGCUCCGCAGCAAACUAGAAGAACAGCAUCUCUUUUCCGAACAGUCUACAGCUCCCACUCGCACAACAUCUACUCCCACUCUCCCAAUUCAGUUUCACCCCAGGCCCACCAUCCAGCCAUGCUGAUCUCUGACGUGUGCUCUUCAACCCAGCGGAUAAAGGACGUCCUUGAUUCAUGUAAAUACUGCUGUCGGAGGAAUGUUCCAGAUGGCCGGUUCAGUUCAGGCAGCUAGUUCAUCCAGUAUGUGUGUGUGUGUGUUUGCAUCUGUAUGAACCACAUUACUUACAGAUACAUUGAGUGACAUGCAUUUGUGUGUGUGUGUUCAUUUAUGCUGCCCUUGCGCAAUUGUGGUGCUCUUGCCAGAGGUUCAGAAGGCUCCAAAACUGAAGGACUGGAUAUGGUUUAAUGCCCGUACAUUCCUGCAUAGCCUCUGUUCUCUGAAGAAAUGUGACCUUCUCCAUUUGCCACAUGCCGAAUCUACAGUUUACAUCAGUGAAGUCUACUGUAAUAUAACUGAACCAGUCUCUAUCUCAAUAGGAUGAUGAACUCUGAGCAGUGAGAAUUUAGCCCAGGUUUAAGUUGAGGUCUUCUUUGAUAGCAGUUUUAGGGAUGAGGAUUGAUGGUUAUUACAGUGAAAUGGUGUGAGAAAUAAGGCCAGAAACAUGCUUUAUGCUAGUGCACGAAUGCAGGCACAACAAAUGUGUCAAUUCAAAAUGGUGUUUAAUGCCAAGAUUUAUAAUCUGAAUUUUAAUCAUGAAAAUAGCUAUGGAAAAAAUUAAAUGACAACUUGAAAGCUAUUGUUUUUUAUAUAGAUUUAAUGAAUUUAUUAGUUAUGGCCAGUGCUUAAUUUGAGCUGGAUUUUGCCGGAUCCUGUUCCGGAAAAUGUCAGAUUUUCGUGUUUUGCGUUCCAGUAUUUAUAUUACAGUAUCCGGCAUUACCUUGUGCAUGGUAAAUAGUCACCAAGUGCAAGUUAAAGCAAAACUCACAUUAAAAUUUUGGCCCUCUACAAAAUUUUCAGCCAAACGGCUUUCUUAUGUUUGCAGUCACUCUUAUUGGUUGGUCAUUGUUUCGCGUGCAGUGAAAAUAAAUAAUGGCAUAGUGGCCAACAUAAAGAAUUUUUGUAUUUUCAAAAUGGCAAAGAGGCAGUCAGGCAUAUAUUCCUUUUUUUAAAACCACAAGUAAAUCUGAUAUCGGGCCUGAUCAAAUGAGAAGAUGAAACUGCGUGAAUGGAUCAGGAUAGCAGGAGACAGAAGCAAAGUCAGCCAGAAAACAUGACAGAAGAGGUAACUGUAGCUCUUCUUGUAGAUUAGACUGGGUGAGUCUUUUAAUUAUUAUUUUUUCACUUUGCACAUAAUAGUGACGUGAACUGAAUAUUGAUUGUUCGUAAGAUUUAUGUUUGUAGCUACAUGUUUUUAUUAUCCAUGACUGACCCAUAAUGUUAUGUGGUACAAAAUAAAGUUCAGAAAAAGGAUGCUCUUUUUAAAAUACGAGUGCUAUCACCAUUUAGUGAUGUCAUGUUCCGGGGAAACUAAAAUUGUGUGGUGGACGUCGGUCACUGUACUUUUAUUUUCAGGCUUUGCUCUGGGAAUUAUUCAUUUAAAAAUUAAGCACUGGUUAUGGCUUUGAGUGUGUUUUAUUCUUUAAUGGUCUGAUGACAUUCCUCUAAAUAAAAAUAUUGUCAUUUAGAGCAUUUCGUUUAUAAAUGAUUCCAUUUCUGGUAAUUGAAUUUUUUUUAGGGUUUUGUUAAUUUUUAACUGCAAAAAUGCGGUAAAAAAUGCUCUAAAUGAAAAGAUUUUUUUUUUAUUUGAAAGAAAUGUCAUCACUGCUACAGAUUAAAAGACUACCUUUUACUCAUAACUACACAUGUAACUAUACAUCAUAAAUACAGAGAAACUGAGACUUUUCAAGUGAUCAAGAUUAAUUUCUUUUAAUCAUUUAUGAUUUAAUAUAGUCCACUAUAGUAAAUGAUAAUAAGUGAGCGAAUGCAUUGUGCUUAUUGAAAUCUAUUGAGUCCACACUAAUCGCAGUAUAGUACACUAUAUGCAUAUGUAGAGUGGUUUCAACCACAAACAUUUACUUUUUACAGAAAUAAUUAAUCUAAUAUCUAAUAUGACUGUUGGAAGAUUCUGCAAAUGUUGACUUAAAAACAUUUUGUGCAGCAUUCAUGACAUGCUCUACCCAAUACUGUUUUUG